ACGUGACAAUGUAGCUAGUUAGCGGGAUGCUCGGAUAUAUUUAGGAAAUGUCAUUUCUGUCAAACGGUGAUACAAGCGUUCUUCUCAAAGGUUGUGGGGGAUGAGAGGUGGCAGUGAGCAGACACAAUGUUUGAGAGUGUGGUGGCCAACCUCCUCAACAAGUACUUUGGGAAGUACAUCCAGAACCUCGACGCCAGCAACCUCAACGUCAGCAUCCUCCAGGGUGAUGCAGAGUUCACAGAUCUACAGCUGAGGCCAGAGGCAUUGUCUCAGCUGGAUCUGCCCAUCGAGGUAAAGGCUGGAUACAUAGGUCACCUGAAGCUAGACAUCCCCUGGACAAGUUUGUUCUCCUCCAAUAUCCACCUGUUUCUGGAGGAUGUGUACAUCCUCGCUGGCCCCGUCGCUGACCGACAGUAUGACCCUGCGCGGGAACGCCUUCUGCAGAAUGCCAUCAAGCGUCAAAAGCUUGAGGCUCUGGAGAAAUCUGCUCUUGAUGAAGUCGUGGAGAAGACAGAGGAAGAACCAGGUUUCUAUGAAAAACUGGCCACACACUUUGUGAGCAGGAUCCAGGUUUCAGUACGUAACAUCCACAUUCGGUAUGAAGACACAGUUACCAAUGUGGAUCAUCCAUUUGCCUGCGGAUUGAUGCUUAAGCAGAUUGCCAUGCAGUCCACCGAUGCCAGGUGGGAGCCCCUGAAGGGAGACACCACCUCGAACAUGCUGCACAAGUUGCUGAGGCUGGAGGACUUGAGCAUCUACUGGAACCCUUACAUUCCGGAGCCCCACCUCGUCAAGUCCAGGCUCAACACUGAUGGAUGGCGGAACCUGUUAAGAAUGUCUAUAGAUUCUCACAGCAUAUUCCAGGAGGACUUUGAUUUCAUCAUAGAACCAGUCACAGCCCAGGCUAGGCUGAUCAUCAGCACCGAGAACAAUUCCCUGCCAAAGGUGUUUGCAGACUUCACCCUGGAGGAGAUAGAGGUCCUCUUGUCCAGGCAGCAGUUCCUGAAUCUGUUGACGCUGAGUGAGUCUUUCCAACUUAUGAGCAUCAACCAGCGGUACAGGAAGUACCACCCCAACAUCCCUCUCAAGGUCAGCCCAAGGUCAUGGUGGCAUUAUGCCAACACAGCCAUCUUGGAGGAGAUGAUCCGUCCCUACUCCUGGGAGAGAAUUAAAGAACACAGGAACCAAUACCGGAAGUAUAAGGACCUUUACAAGCGGAGCCUAGAACGACCAGACCAUGAGUCCAUUCGGAGUAAGAUGUGGGAGCUGGAGGAAAAUCUGGAUGUAUCCAACAUACUGCUGGCCAGAGAACAUUCCAAGGUGGAGUUUGCCCGUGAGGCCCCUGAACGAGCCAAGCAUCGACCAAAGAAAGAAAAGAAGGGCUGGUUUAGUUCAUGGUUUGGUAGCAGUGAAGAUGUGGAUGACUUUGAAAUAACUGGAAAGCAGACACAGGACUGGCUGGACAAACUGAGCAAUGAGGAGAAGGAGAAACUGUAUGAUGGCAUCGGCUACGACAUCAACGCAAAUACCCAGACAUAUGCCCCGGAGUAUGUGAAGCACAAGGUGCAGGUGAUCCUGAAGAGCUGCUGCGUGUCCCUGGUCAACUACAGCAAGAAGAUCCUGCAGGUGUCUGUCACUCACCUCCUGGCCACCUGGGAGGACAGACCCGCCACCGGUGCCUUCAGGAUCUCCUCCAACACAGAGAGUUUCUCCAUAGAGGGGGCUUCCAUUGAACACGAGCUCAUCCCCAUCCUCACCUCCGACAUCGGAGUCUACGCCCCCUCAGUGAACCAGGUGUGCACGUUGGACUUCGAGGUGAAGCCGCUCUACGUGGAUGCAGACUACUCCCUCAGUCUCAACAUUCAGCCAGUUGAGAUUGUUUAUGAUGAGCACUCUAUCUCGGAGGUCACGGCUUUCUUCAACGUCCCCCAUGGAGGGGUGGACAUGAGGUCUGCUGCCAUGGUGACGCUGCAGGAAGUAGCCAAGUACAGCCGGGCAGGGCUGCAGUAUGCCAUAGAACAGCACAAGACGGUGCAUGUCGCCCUGAACAUGAGAUCCCCGUACAUCGUGGUGCCCGAGUUUGGUACACUGCACAGAGGAGGAAAUGUUUUGAUAGCUGAUUUUGGAACACUGCGUAUAGAAAGUGAAUUACAGCCAAAAGAUGUCUCCCUUGAAGAUGCGACGAUGUCGGAGAUUGAGUCCCGCCUGUAUGACCAGUUUAACAUCACAGUGAGCGACGUCAAGGUGCUGUUGGCAGACUCAGGUGAUGACUGGCACACAGCGCAGACCCAGCCCGACUCAGACUACCACAUCCUUCCCAGCGUGCAGCUGGUUGUGGCGUUCUUCAAUGCUGUCCGCAGAGACUACAAGCAACUGCCACAGCAGAAGCUUGUUGCCAGUCUGCCGACCAUGAAACUGAACAUCUCAGACAAGCGCCUCCUGCUGCUCAUGUCGUUCUUCCGCAACUUCCCUAUCCCCGCCAGCACCAGCAUGGCCACCCUCGGCGAGGACAUGGUCGACAGCUGCAUCAUCAUCCAGCCCGCCGUGCCCCUGGAUCCAUCAGAGACCCAGAUGGAGCCUGAUGUUGACACAUUAAGGAGGAUGCGACGCUCAGUGCUUGGGAGGAAGGUGGUGAUGAGGAAUGAUGGAAGGAAGAAGACGAAGAAAGAGAAUGUCCUCUCUUCUCAGUUAUCCAGAAAUAGUGCUGGUGAGGAGGUGUUCUUCUCUGCAUCCGAUCAUUCAGACGAGGAUGUGGAUGAGUGGUCUGAUUUCCUGCACAUCAAGCCUGUAGACGACAGCACCUUCCCUUCCAACUCGGUGAACAUCCUGGUGCGGAUGACCUUGGGGGAGUUUGUCAUCAACCUGUCCAGGGUCAUGGACAAGCACGAGACUCCAUAUCUGAUGUUUCGCGUCAACCGGCUGCGCAUUGACUCGGCGUUGACAGUGCAUGGCUACGCUGUCCACGCAACGCUGGGAGGUGUGCAGCUCGUAGACAAGAUCCAUGUCGGCUCAUCUGGAGAGUACAUGGAAAUCUUGGGCACAAAUUCCGCGACAGAUCUGGUCUCCAUUGUUUACAGAAAGGUGGAGGCGUCGUGUCCUGACUUCAGUGACGGUUACGGCGGCGUAGAGCAUGCCCUGCUGCUGAAGCUGCACACGAUGUCGGCACUGUGUGACCAGGCCAGCAUGAUCUACCUCAACGCCUUUAUCCAGGGGCUCAUCACCAGCGUGCACAGCAUGGACAUGAAGACCAGCACCAGCACCGUGAUCUCCUCCUCCGACCUCAACAAUAAGGACCGACCCUCCCUCACUGAGCGACUCACAUCCAUCACCGAUGAAGUGGACUAUCUGCCUCCACGGUGUAUCAAACUCAACAUGGUGGCCAAACUGGAGAACUUGAGUCUCAGAUUGUGUGACUCUGAAAACAGCCUCUCCCAUAUCGACAUCACAGGUUUGGAGAGUCACAUCCUGGCCACAACUACCAGGACAACUGUACGAUUACGUCUCAAAGACAUGUCCAUCCAAGACUGCUCUGUCGGUGCCAUAUUUCCCAGGAUCUUAGUCAUUGAAGAUGAUAGCUGUUUCGAUCUGAAGUUUGUGAAGUACAACAAGAACUACGAGGGUCGUCUUGACAACCGGCGCCAGAGCCAGGCCCUGGACUACAGCAUCCGUCUCCGUGUGGGGCAACUGCAGACCGUCUAUCUCAGCAAGUUCUACUGGGAACUUAUUAGAUUCUUUGAGCCUUUUAUCAACCCAGAGAUGACCGAGGCUGCCAGGGCUGCUGCCAUGGAAACGGUUCAUAGACAGGUUGAUGACAUACAGUCUCAGAAUGUGCGCAUCAGCCUGAACUUUGACCUGCGCUCCCCGACUAUCCUGGUCCCCCACGACUCCAAGUCUACAGAGAUGUUCAUGCUCAACCUCGGCAACCUCAACAUCAAGAACUACUUUGACCACACCAGCAUCCCCCCCGACAUGAAGCAGGAGUGGAACCACAUCUACGUCAAUCUCAGCUCAGUCAAGGUCAACAGGGUCCAACUGUCUCUGGCUGAUGAUGUGUGUAACAUCCUCCACAACGUGCUGGAGCCUGUCAGCCUCAAGGCAGAUAUCCGCAUGGCCAUCAAGCCUGUACUAUCUGAUGUCAAAAUCGACAUCUCGGGGCAUCUGGAGAAGGUCAAGGUCAAUAUAUUAGCAAAGGAUUUACAACUGGUGAGAGGGAUCCUACAGGACAAUUUGUCAGAGGGAGCUCCACAACCAACAUCAGGUAUCUAUGAGUCCCCGACAGUACAAGACCUGCAUCUUCAGCACGAUCUCAGCAUCGACACCACCACACCCAUCAGCGAGACGAGGGAGAGUCUGACAGACGCCGGACACAAGGCCUCCACAAACUUCCUGUUCCGCUUCGAGGGAGUUUCAGCAACUCUGUUUGAACAGAGCUCACCCGAGGAGGGCUCUCUCUGCAACAGCCUCUGCUGCAUGGACAUGGAGAACAUCAACCUCAGCGCCAUCAGCCAGAGUGACGGAGACCUCAAGGUCACAUUCGCCCUCACCUCCCUAUAUAUAGAUGACACGAGGCCGGACAGUGACCUGGCCAACAAACGGGUGUUGUACUGCGCCAGGAAGCAGCAGACGUCUGACGAGUUGCCGCUCAUGUCACUCAUCUACAAAGUCAGCAGCGAUGGCAACCAGAAAGCGGACCUGAUGGUGGAGAAGUUGCGUCUGAACGUGUCGGUGCCGUACGCCGUGGUGCUCUACUCCUUCUUCCAGGCCUCCUUCCAGACAAUCGGGGACACCAACAACUACUCCAUGGAGGCCUCCACGACCUUCACCCCUCCGGUCCAAUCAGCUCCCACCACCACGCUCAGUGUGUACGGGUCACUCAAACAGCCGGAGAUUGUCCUGUAUGCUGACCCCUGCAACUACGACAGCAGGGUUAUCGUGCUCUAUGCUGACGUGGCGUUUGAGUACCGGACAGACCAGGAGAAGCAGGUGUUCUGGUCCCGUGUGUCCAACCUGCAGAUGGCGUCCUGCAUCCGGACCUGGGACUCCUCCAGCAAGAGUGUGCUUCUGGCUCCCUGCUCGCUGGAGUUCACGCAGAAGUUCCUGUAUGACCAGAGCAUGACCGAGAUGACGGUGGACGUGACCAAGGUGAAUGUGUAUCUGUCGGCCACGGUCCUACAGCUUCUGUAUGACAUCUACCAGAAGAUCCAGCUGCCACAGACACCGACGGACAGCGCCAAGCCGGAGGCGGAGACCAAUGACGUGAAGGGCUUGUGGAAGGUGAAGGCUGUGAAGGCCCAGAGAUGGCUGCAGGACAGAGAGGAUUAUGCUGGCAUAGCGUCUGCUCUGCGACCACCAGAGACUCCAAAAGAAGUGAUCAAGGUGAAGGUUGAGGAGAUCAACGCCAUGUUUGAGGUGGAGAACCUCGACCAGCAUGUGCCCAUGUUGAGCGUGAGGACGUCGCUGGAGGGGAAGGUGGUUGACAGACUCACCAAGUUUCAUGUUGAGGCAGAGUUCCACCUGGAGGUGUACUUCUUCAACGAGCGGCUGAGUGUGUGGGAGCCAUUGGUUGAGCCAGUGUGUGAGAAGGAGGGACUCUACAGACCAUGGGAAGUCCUCAUCAAGAUUAUCAAGGCUAAAGGCUAUCCAAUGGCGUGUACAUAUGAGGACAGUGACCUUGACAUUCCGGACUGUCUCCAGAACGAGGUUCAGAAUAUGAUGCACCGCUCUCGGGUGAAGUCCAGCAGCUCUGAGACAGACACAGAUUCGUCGACGGACAUGACUAUCAUACGUCACCGAUCUCUGAGACGAAUCCGACAUGGUAGUGACCGCAGCUAUGAGUCUUUAAGUCACCAUAGUAGUAUACAAGGGGAGUCGGAUUCGGAGCCUGAAGGCUUCAUCCAUAAUAUAACCAACAAGCUUGGAAGCAUCUUCAGCAGCGAUAGUAGCGAUGCUGACAUCAGCGAGGCGGAGGAAGCAGAUGACCUGUUUGACCCAUCUCUAGAUAAACCCGUGUUUAUAACGUCUCGAGGACCGGUGCACGUGUCCACCGGUGUGCAUGGGUUUGAUGAGCCGGACACUGUGAUGAUGGAGGAGGACGAUGACACGCCCACGUGUGUGUAUCUGAUGGUGGACUCGGAGGACAGGCUGCGUCUCAACAUCACACCACAGGCCAUCAGCAUCCUUAGAGAUGUUCUACAGGCUUUAAGUGCCCCAUCUGCAUCAGAUCUGUCCUCAGUGAGGACUCUCCCGGCCUUCGAGCUGGACAACAAGAUUGGCGUUGGCUGUUACAUCACUCUACAUCCGGAUGUCAAGAUCCAUAAGGACCAUAUACAUGGCUGUACCAUCCUUCGUGCAGGAGAAAACAAGAUGACCAACAACAUGGACGAUGAGGAUGAUAUUGAGAUUAUCACUGAUGAGGAAAUCAUUACCCAGCAUGACACACCGGACAGUCAUGGUUUUGUGGAGCGGGCUCUGGCUGAUGCUGGACACACUCUAGUCAGUGCUGGAGCCUUUGUAUUCGACGAUGACGACGACUACCUGUCCGGUGACCUGGUGGACAAGCACAGACUGAAGCUGCAGGUGGAUGGGUUUGAUCCACGUCCGUCACUGCUGCACAAGAGAGCCUGUAGGAGACUGUUGCCUCUCACACCGACCAAGUCCGAGGACAUGGAGACCGAGAACGGCACCAGGUAUUGUGUCGUCCUUGACAUCGAUAUGUGGCAGGGCAGGAAGGUCAUCAAGCUGUUCUCCCCUCUACAGGUUCAGAACAGUCUGACCAUGUCCAUCGACAUCUCCUGCAAGACAGAAGACCUCAAGAAAUACAAGUCAACACGACCUCUGGCCUCUAACAAUGAGUACACCCGGCUCAAGACACUGGCGCCACAGGAAGUGUAUUAUCUCCCCUUGUUUGUGGCCUACCACUGCCCCCUGUUUGUCAAACCAGCGGAUAUCAGCUAUGGACUGUCUAACAACGCCAUCUGGUGGCCGGAAUUGAUGCAGGCGAAAGAGAAAGCCAAGUAUUUCAUGUGUAUGUCACAGAAAGAGGAAAAGAAGUCUUUCAAUUUCAAGGUUCUAUGCAAGGACGGGUCCCCCCUGCAGCCUCCCCAGUCUGUGCCUCGCACCAUCCCCUACUACAACAUCAGCUUCCACUCCCCCGUCACCCUCCACAACUACCUGCCAUACGACCUGCAGUUCUCCCUUGAGGGAACCGGAGCUUCCAGCAGCUUGACCCAUGGAGAGAGUGCCUCCCUGUAUACAGUCGACCUGCACAACACGUUCAGGCUUCUCAUCACUAUCACAGAUUAUCUUGGCAGUGACUGGACAGGGAGCCUCGAUGUGACGUCAGACAUGGAUGAGUUCAAGGCCAUCUCCAUGGAAACUGACAUCAAUAUGGAGAAUGUUAACAAGCAUCUGAGUCUGAGCAUCCACUCGAACCAGAGUCAGUCACUGGACCUGUACAUCUACUCCCCCUACUGGCUCGUGAACAAGACAGAGUUGCCCCUCCAGCUUAGGGGGUCCAUGUCUGAUGCAAUGUUUGAGUGUAGCAGUUCGACAAAUCCACUACUCUUCAGGUACAAGAAACACAAGAGGAAAAAGGCCAAGGUGAGAGUGUACGACUCCAAGUGGUCCCAGUCUUUCUCCCUGGAUACCGUGGGGAGUGCCGGAGUAGUUGUGUGCCACGACAAGGAGCGGGGCCGCAAGUACAUGUUCAUGGUGAAGAGCGAGAUGUCCAACCUGAAGCUGUCCAAGAUCAUCACCAUCCUCCCCUUCUUCCUCGUCAUCAACUGCACCAAGCAGAAGCUGCGCUACAUGGAGGAGAACGAGGACGCCGACCUGUGGUUCGACCUCCCAGUCGGAGAGUGUCAACCCUUCUGGCCCACAACAGACAACUACAGCAUGUACAUGAAGUACGAAAACAGCAACGUCGUGUCCCAACACUUCCCCAUCAAGAAGCCGCACAACACUGUGCUGCGUAUGGACCAAGGGACAGCACUGUGUGUGGAGGUGUCGGGGGGGACGGACUCCCCCAUUACAGUGGUCUUCACCAACUACUGCCAUGGCGACUGCCCUGUGAGAGUCGAGAACCUCUGUGAAGACGUCUUCAUCAAAAUACAUCAGAAGAACCAGAGUCAGGUGACCCUGCUGUCGUCCAGUCAGUCAGUGUUGUACACAUGGGAUGAACCAAUGGCUGAGAGGACACUCAUGUGGAAUGUGUAUGGUCGCAAGAAGCCCAGCUUCCCUAGCUACAUCAACAAGGACGGAUGUGGGGAGGUACGACUGCGAGUCCAGUCUCUACGUAACGCCACUGGCUCCAUGGACGUCACAGAUGCCAUCGACAGCAUGGAGAGUAGCCCAGAUGAUGAGGAGAGUGACGAGAUGGAUGGCUUGCUGCCGCACCUGACCAAGAAGCUGAAUGCGAGGACUCGCACUGACAAAAUGGUCAUCUACUGGGUGUCCUACCUGGACAGGCUUCAGCGGGUGCUGCUCUUCACGCAGGACGAACGUGUGGCCAAUGCUGUGAGAAAGGCUCAUGUACAGAGCGUAGACCUACCAUCUAACAAAGGUGUCAUCCAGCUUAAUGAGGGAGAACAGUCUAGCAUCUGUGCCUUCGUCUCAAUGGAGGGGCUGAGCGUGUCCGUCAUAAACCAGAUGUACCAUGAAGUGGCGCUGCUCUCUGUGGUGAGCAGUCCCUCCAUGUGGGAGGUCGAGGUCAACAACAGAUGGAAGAUCCUCAACGUGGAGCUGGCAACAUGGCUGGAAGACCAGUGGAAGAGCGAGCAGGACCAUGCCAACCUGCAUGACCAGAUAGAGGCUGAUCUGGUGAAGAUGCAGAUGUCCAAGCCGUUCAUGGGAGCCCUGAGAAGAACCCAUCACCCUGGAGUGUGGUUCCAGUACCGCCACUCUGAGCAUCAUAUGAGUGUCUACGCGAGGGUACAGAGACUGCAGUUGGACAACCAGCUAACAGAUGCAUACUUCCCGACACUGCUGUGUCCUGCUCCGAUACCCCAGUACAUCCUCCGCAAGACGGGGACGAAGCCGUUCAUAGAGCUGAGUCUGAUGAGGAGAACAGUGCCGGAACGCAACAUUGAUACAUUCAGGUACUUCAAGGUGCUCAUCCAGGAGUUCAACAUCUGUGUGGACAAGGGCUUUGUGCUGUCUCUGCUGGAUGUGUUCUCCAGCCUAUAUACCACACCACCAGAGAGCCACCAGUUGCACUCUGACUUGCUGGUAGCCCAGAGGUCGCUGCAGGAGGUUGCUGAUGUCAUGAUUGCAGCCCGGCCCCAGAGGGUGUACUUCGAGUUCCUGCAUCUGUCCCCCCUCAAGAUGCGGGUGAGCUUCUCACUGAAUGGAACUCCGCACAUGGUGAACCAGAAGCCUUCGACCUUCACCUCCGACAUCGUGGACUUCUUUCUCAACUCAGUUGGGGCUACUCUCACUGAGAUCAAAGCUGUUGAGCUCAGAAUGGCUUACUUCCAACGCCGAGGUGCUCUGCUGUCAACCAAUCAGCUGCUAGCACAGAUCCGCUCCCACUAUACCCAGCAGGCCUUGCAGCAAGCGUAUGUCCUGGUGCUGGGGCUUGACGUGCUGGGCAAUCCAUAUGGUUUAGUGCGGGACUUCACCCAGGGACUUGGAGACUUCUUCUAUGAGCCAUUCCUGGGUUCUAUCCAAGGCUCGGAUGAGUUUGCUGAAAGUCUUAGUCGCGGUGUACACAGUCUGAUGGGCAAUACUGUUGGUGGUGCUGCUGGUUCUGUUGCCUUGGUAACAGGAUCUCUAGGCAACGCCCUAGCUUCACUUUCAUUUGACAAAGACUACAAGAGGAAGCGACGUACACGAAUGCAGCAGCAACCACGGAGUCUACCUGCCACCAUCGUUGUUGCAGGCCGCAGCAUGGUGCUCGGUGUCUGUCUCGGAUUCUCAGGGCUGGUUCUCGACCCAGUCAAAGGUGCUCAUGAGGAGGGCGUUGAAGGUUUCUUCAAGGGUGUGGGUAAAGGCAUCCUGGGAUUGCUGACGAAACCUACAGGUGGCAUUGUCGACAUGGUCAGCAUGGCCUUUGAUGGCCUGAGGAGAUCAGCCGAGAUGGAAGAUGGGGUUGUCGCCAGAAUGAGGCUACCUCGCUACAUCAACCCAGUCAUGGGUCUGAAGCCAUUUUCCCCCUACAAGUCUAUAGGUCACCGUCUGCUGUAUACGAUCUGUAAAGGAGAGUAUGCCAAGUCGGACAUGUACUGGACUCACAUCCCUCUCAGCAAAGAGGAGCGAGCAGACGUACUCAUGAUCACAGACAGACAUCUGCUGGUUCUAGAGAAGAGACGGUUCUGGGGAGGAUGGGACGUGGAAAUGAAAAUCAUCGUUGAUCACAUCCUGGGUGUGCCAGCCAUCCUCGGUGACAAACUUGUCUUCAAAGUUAAACAAAAUGACUCAAGUGUGAACCUCUUCUCGGGGAGUGAGAUGGAGAUACGGAGUCCAGAGCCGGAGAUCCUCACCUGGGCACAGAAGCAGAUAGAGAACGUCAUUCAGUUCCGCCAGCAGUGAUUGGUGUGUCCUGGGCUGGACUCGGCCUCCUUACUCAUACUUCACAUAUAUGUUACUGGACCUGAAACUUCAUACAGACUUUCCAGUUGUAUUUUAAACUUUUUGUCAUAUAAAAAGAAUGUGCAAUGAUCGUGACCUGUUCCAGGACGAUGGUGUAGUGGACAAGAACAGCUAUACAUAUUGGUGUGAUUGUCACACAAGUAGGAACCUUUGACCAAGGGACAUGUAUGAUGUUGUAUGAUGUGAAUGGCAACAGAUGACACCUGGCUUGGUCCCCAAUCUCCACAAGUCCUUCAGGACCAGACAAUGGAUGCAGACCUGUAGUGGAGCUUCUCAAGUGAUCUCUACAACCACCUCCUCCAUGUGUUCUCUAGGACCCAAUGCAGGAACGAGGUCCUCUCAUGAUGGCACCAAUGGCAGCAGGACCUCUAGGGAUAACAGCUGUCCAGGGAACAAGAUGUUUCUGUGAGGCCCCACAAUUCCAAGGGAACAAGAUGUUUCUGUGAGGCCCCACAAUUCCAAGGGAACAAGAUGUUUUUUGUGAGGCCCCACAAUUCCAAGGGAACAAGAUGUUUUUGUGAGGCCCCACAAUUCCAAGGGAACAAGAUCAGCGUUAGAAAUUGGCACUAGUCCUAUAGUCCUUGCCAAACUGCCCAAUACUUAAGGUAUCAUAAGGAUUUGCCAUUUUUAAGGGUUUUACUCUAUGUUGUCAUUAUAAGGACUAGGAGACUAAAACUGUUAGUUUCUGUUGCUGAAGAUGUUUCUGUGAGGUGCCAAGAGGACCUUCAGACAAGCCGCAUUGCCAACCCUUGUUUAGAGGUAUCCUUCAUCAAUACUUCUUGACACAGUAAUCUGACUUUUACUGCUGUGUGACGGUCUGUGUUCCACAGAUGCUCUGCAGACCUUCAUCAAGGAGCUUUAGUGUCCUUAUCUCUAAACAGACUUCCUGACAGGGUUGGUGUGUUGGAGGAAUGUGUGACGUGGACGUGUAUCCAUUACAUGUAUUUACGCUUAAGUUGUCUGUUACGUUUAUGUACUGUCAAGUUAUCCAUUACAUAUAUCAAGUCAACUGGUUGGGGACCAAGUAAACAGAAGAAAGGUGACACCUGUGAACUGUGUAACAGGACAUGCUGAGUCAGGCUCAGUGGCUCCAUCUAGUUCCUCAACACUGAGGCAAGAGUUGACUGUAAGCACUGGAUGGAAUGUUCGACCAUGGUCACAACUCACCUGUCACGUCUGAGCACACCUUUCUCCCCUCACCUCGUCUGGAGGAUUCCAUGGGGUCAGUCCCCUUGUAGACUGGAAGUUGUAUUCUAUUCAGCAUUGUUAAUUUAUUUUAUUAUCUUUUGGAGUAGAAUUAUGAAAAAAGCAUUUGUUGCUCACACACACAUAUUAUUUACAACUUUACUCCACAUCUUUAAGAAUCAUAGACACUGAAAUUAGACAUUAUAGAAUAUAAUACUGAUAUAUUUUUAUUGAAAUGUGAUAUUAAACAUGUUGUUAUCCGUCUGAGACUGAUUUCCCAGAGGGCACUACAUGUACUAGCUCUACCCGUGUUAGCUACCAUGGUCCUUGUUCAGAGAUACAGCUCUGCCUUUGUCCUAGCUGAGGGAUAGAGCUCUGCCUUGGUCCUAGCUGAGGGAUAGAGCUCUGCCUUGGUCCUAGCUGAGGGAUAGAGCUCUGCCUUGGUCCUUGCUGUGAGAUACAGCUCUACAUUGGUCCUAGCUGAUAGUUACAGCUCUGCCUUGGUCCUAGCUGUGAGAUACAGCUCUGCCUUGGUCCUAGCUGUGAGAUACAGCUCUGCCUUGGUCCUUGCUGUGAGAUACAGCUCUGCCUUGGUCCUUGCUAUGAGAUACAGCUCUGCCUUGGUCCUUGCUAUGAGAUACAGCUCUGCCUUGGUCCUUGCUGUGAGAUACAGCUCUGCCUUGGUCCUAGCUGUGAGAUACAGCUCUGCCUUGGUCCUUGCUGGGAGAUACAGCUCUGCCUUGGUCCUUGCUAUGAGAUACAGCUCUACCUUGGUCCUUGCUAUGAGAUACAGCUCUGCCUUGGUCCUUGCUGUGAGAUACAGCUCUGCCUUGGUCCUUGCUGUGAGGUACAGCUCUGCCUUGGUUCUAGCUGUGAGAUACAGCUCUACCUUGGUCCUAGCUGAUAGUUACAGCUCUGCCUUGGUCCUAGCUGAUAGUUACAGCUCUGCCUUGGUCCUAGCUGAUAGUUACAUCUCUGCCUUGGUCCUAGCUGAUAGUUACAGCUCUGCCUUGGUCCUAGCUGUGAGAUACAGCUCUGCCUUGGUCCUAGCUGAGAGUUACAGCUCUGCUUUGGUCCUAGCUUUGAGAUACAGCUCUGCCUAUGGUGGCUACAUGGGUUCUAGCUGAAUUAUGCAGCUCUGUCUGGGGAACUAUCUUGGUCCUAGAUGUUACAUCACUAUGUGGAUGGAAUGUUGUCGAUAUUAAACUCACUCAUUCAUUUAUGCAGCUGUGCCAAGGUCCCAUGAAUUUACUUGCUGCACGACCGUUUUCUUGUGCUGCCACAACCAUUUAAGCUUUGUCUUAGUGAGGUCCCACUGUCCUUUCUGGUGUAUAAAGCUAUUGGUGAAUGGGUACCCAAAGACCUACCGGUAGUCAGCUUUCCUUGCAUAAGCCUAUAACUAACCUGGCUGACAUCCUACAUGGUUAGAAUUCUACUGGGUUGACAGCUCAAGUCCACAGCAUACUGUUUCCCUGUCAGCUGGACCAGUGAGAUGUACUGGCUCAGUAGACGCCUUCUUUGUAGUACCAACUUCAGUGGCACAUGAUUCAUUCCCACAGUUCAUUGUAGCCAUCUUGUCUGAUUCAUGGACCAGAUGUCCACGGCCUGUUUCACACAGCGAUCUUAGCGUCACUUGAACAUGGACUUACGAGUCUUAGCACUACGAUCGCUUUGUAAAAUGGGGCCUAGUUCCUUAAGCCUUCUUAGUGCUAAGAUUAAAUACUACAUAGACUUACGACAGUCAUAUAACAAGGAUCACUUUGUGGAAUGCGCCCAACUGCUUCUCCACAAAGAACCAAACAAAGUUCACUUUCUGGAAUGCGCCCAACUGCUUCUCCACAAAGAACCAAUGUCCAACUUUGUCAUCUCUAGUCUGUUGUCACCUGUAUUAGUUAGAUGCAGAUGACACUUAAAGAUACACAUUGUCUUUGUGAUAGAUCAGUUUAGGUUAUGUUGUAGGGGGUAGACUGUGAGGGACAUAGGCAAGUCAUCUGAACACAUGACAAACUUGCAGGGAGGACACCAGAAUUAUGCAAAUGUUUCAGGAGAGUUGUGAAAAGCCCAAGUGGUUUGUAUAAAUGAAAAUUCGCAUUUUCAUUGUCAACAAGAUAUCUCCAACCUCCCCGAUAAUAAUUCAACUGUAUAUCCAUAGUUGAAACUAAACAACUUGUUCAAGUUUGAUAUACAAAUUUUAAGAUGCGAGAUCACUUUAUCUUGUCUAUAGAGUACAGCAAGCUACAGGAGUGCAAUAUGGAACCAUGACACUUACAUUAAGGCAUAUGUGGUCAUUGUUAUGGUUGUUUGAGCUUUGCAGGACAAUGGCAUUAGAAAACCCCACAAUUGUUUCAGCCAAAUAUUUCACCCUUAAAAUCCUUUCCCUCUUUUUCUGCCAUCCUGACCGACACCAGCAUCAGGAUAUUUCCCUGGACACAUGUGGUCAUGGUGACCAGCUUUCAUGUGAUAUUACCAAGUCAUGUUGAUAUAUAUAUAUAUGUUAUAUACCACUAUGUUGAUUGUUAGUCAGUAUUAGCAGCGUGUGUGAUAUAGAGCAUUAUGGCAUGUUAUAGAGUCGCACACAGGGCUUGGUUGUUUCACUGCUCAUCCGUUAUACAAAUUGUUUAUAUCAAUAUACAUUAAUGUGAUAUUUUCCUCUUCAGCUUUUUCAUAGCUAAGAUUAUGUGUUUAUUGUAUGUUUGUGUUGUUUGAAAGAGCUCUACCCACCUACGUUGUCGUGGCAACACACACACCAUAUGUCCAUUCAGUAGACUAGGUAUGUAGAGGCAGAAAUCCUGCAUAUAAUCAAGUUGUUAGAAGACGUAAUAUAUGCCAAAUGAUAUCGUAUACGUCAAUGAGAUUGCUGUUGAGAUAUGUGACAAGAUAUUGUGAGUCCACGAGGCUGUUCAUGUUAUUUCCUCUUUGUGAUAUAAAUAUAUGUUUAUUGAGUUGGCUACUGCAACAUCUGAAGAGGAUGUAGUGAGAUAGAGAGUUGGUCAGAGGGGAGAGACUUGAUAGAAAUAAUGAGGUCUUAAAAAUACACCAUUUAUUUAUGUUCAUGGUUAAUACUUCAUAUCAAUUAGGGCAUUGUGGGUGGUUAAAGCGUCUACAGCCUGAGUUAGAAAUUCCAUCGUUGGUACAAUGUGAGAAGCCCAUUGUUGGUGUCCCCAGAUACUGCUGGAGUAUUGCUAAAAGUGACAUAUCAAGUAAGUAAGUCUUCAUUUAGUGUGCUCAUGAUAUUGCCACAGGUUGUCUAUUGGGUACGUAAGAGUGAGUUGGGUUUAACGCUGACAUGAACAGUAUUCCAGUAACAUCAGGUCGUGUCAGCUUAGUGUGAGAGGAAAGACGAAGUGAUGCAGGUGUCAGUUGUUUACCACUUUGGGGAAACUCAUGACCAGGGUCUGGUGCUGACAAACCCGGGACAUCAUAGGGGCAAACCAGAAUUCAAACCCAAAAUAAUGGGUUUCUGGUGAGUGCACAGUGAAUUGUGCUGCUUCAGACGACGGGUACAAAAGACAUUAAUGCCAAGCUUGUCUAUAUGGGUUUAUUUAUUUCAACGGGUCGAUCUAUCCACCACAUUGUCAAAGCUUCAGGACAGGGGUCCCAUUCUGGUUGGCAUGUACUUAAAUGAUGAAAUGACUUCAAAAUGUGUCGAUGAUUGUUGUACAGAGUUCUCAUACUCUUCAUUGUUUUACCUCUUGUCCUAAUUUUUUCUUGUGACAACUUUCUCCAUCAUCUGCAUGUAUUUAUGGUGUCGGCACCAACAUGAACUGUGUACUUCACUCCAACACACUGUCAGAUCAUGCACACAGAUGUGUCUGUGGACAGUGCAUGGUCCGGCACCAACAUGAACUGUGUACUUCACUCCAACACACUGUCAGAUCAUGCACACAGAUGUGUGUCUGUGGACAGUGCAUGGUCCUGGCACCAACAUGAACUGUGUACUUCACUCCAACACACUGUCAGAUUAUGCACACAGAUGUGUGUCUGCGGACAGUGCAUGGUCCGGCACCAACAUGAACUGUGUACUUCACUCCAACACACUGUCAGAUCAUGCACACAGAUGUGUGUCUGUGGACAGUGCAUGGUCCGGCACCAACAUGAACUGUGUACUUCACUCCAACACACUGUCAGAUCAUGCACACAGAUGUGUGUCUGUGGACAGUGCAUGGUCCGGCACCAACAUGAACUGUGUACUUCACUCCAACACACUGUCAGAUCAUGCACACAGAUGUGUCUGUGGACAGUGUAUGGUCCCGGCACCAACAUGAACUGUGUACUUCACUCCAACACACUGUCAGAUCAUGCACACAGAUGUGUCUGUGGACAGUGCAUGGUAUUGGGAGAAAAUUGUCAAAUAUACUACUGAAAAGAAGUUAAGGACCAUGCAAUUCUUUCUAAUUAUUAUAGCCCUAGUCAUAUGAAAAAAAUUAGUGUUGUUAAUUUCUUUGGGGUAGUAUAUGUUCUACAAUGCAUAAUCAUACCUACAGUAUUUACAGGUUACAAAUCAUAAUAACACACUCAUGUUCCAUAUUCUAGUGUUGAUUUUUACUCUAUUUAAUGAAAAUUGUUUGCUUAAGCUUAUAAUUAUGUUGCAUAAUAUAUUUUACAAUUAUUGUUAGUUUUGUUUUCAUGGCAAUCUUUCAUUCAUCAGAUUUUAUGAGUUUUAUCAGAGACUUAAUUUUAUUUGAUGGUCUCUAGUUUUAUUUACAACCUUGUCCACUGUACUUGUACGUUGCAUACUGCAUGGUUUCAUUCUAUUUGAGCAUGAUCAUUAACUUUGUACACAUUCCAGUUUCAUUUCUCGCAUUAUCUCUGUUGUGAAUACACAGACUCGUCCAACUUGUCCUCCACACAGAGUAUAUGCUAUAUUCCCACCUGGAGGAUGUCAGUCAGUGUGUGAGGACAUUCAUGCUGCUGUCUGUAUCCAUCAGUACCUGUGCUCCAGUGCAGUACGGGACAGGUAGUCGGAAGCCCCGUCAUGGAAUGAAGCUGGAUGUUCUUGUCUAUGAUGACGAUGAUGCGUUACUGCUAAAAUGGCACCAAGUAUCUCUCAAAAGAUGGUACGUUAUUCCAGUUACCAUGCAGACCCCAUAACUUAUCCAUCUCAGUAUAUAUACAUCAUGCAAUACUGGUUAUAAACGACAAAUAAUAAAAAUUGCAACUUAAGUAAGGUCAGACAUUUUGGGGGGUUGGUUUACAGAUUUGUUGCCAAUUUUGAUUGAAAUUUUUUUGUUAAAAAAUCAAAUUCAAAAUAUAGUCUUUUAUUUCUCCUUGCGUUGCAUCAUAAUGUGUUGUGUUUUGAAGUUUUUAAGGUAAAUUUUUAAUGUGUUAAAAUCAUAGUAUUUUAAAUCAUUUAUUCAUAUUGAUAGCGACCAUAAAGGAGUUUGUUUUGAACAUUUUAUGUAUUUCUGGUCAGCAGAAAUUGUUUUGAGCCAGCAGAUUCGAAACUAAUUUGUAAAAAACAGUCAGGCCAAAGAUUGCAGUACCUUUCUUGAUGGAUGUCCCAAGUUGUUGACAGCGCAAAAAAAAUCAUAUUCCCACAUUCACAAAAAAAUUGUAUAGCUAAGCUACCUGAUACAUAUAAUGUCAGUGUGAACUGUCUUAAAUGAUAUUGUGUUUCACGAAUUUUAUUGAACAAUUAUGUUUGUUUAUGUGCUUGUCUGAUGGUUCAUGGUGCUGUUCUGAAGGCAUGAGUAAUGAUUUAGGUAGUACUUGCUGUUUGUGUUGUUUCUGCAUUCUGUGAUACCAACCUUUGUACACCUGGAAUCAGCUUCUACAGGCACAGAGGGAUACCUCUAACCCUGCUUCAUCAACUAUACACCCCGUGGGGAUUCCGGGUUAGCACAGGUCCCCAGCAACCUAUGCUGGUCUCCCUGUUGGGAUUCCAGGUUAGAACAGGUCCCCAGGUCAACUAUGCUGGUGCCGUUGGGAUUACCGGUUAGAACAGGUCCCAGUAACCUAUGCUGGUCUCCCUGUUGGGAUUCCUGGUUAGAACAGGUCCCCAGGUCAACUAUGCUGGUGCCGUUGGGAUUACCGGUUAGAACAGGUCCCCAGCAACCUAUUCUUGUCUCCCAGUUGGGAUUCCAGGUUAGAAUAGGUUUUAGCAACCUAUGCUGAUGUCCCUGUUGGGAUUCCGAGUUCAAACAGUUCCCCAGCAACCUAAGCUGGUCUCCCUGUUGGGAUUCCGGCUUAGAACAGGUCCCCAGCAAACUAUGCUGGUCGUAAGAGGUGACCAAAUGGAUCGGGUGGUCAAGUUCGGUAACAUGGUUGAUACUGUAUCAUCGUGCCCCGAUGGCUUGGAUCAUUGUUCACAAUAUCAAUCACUGGAUUUUCUGGUCCUGGCUCAAUUAUACUACUCAAAAGAAGUUAAGGAUCACCAGAUUCUUUCAUAUUACAAUAGUUAAUCUCUCAUGCCAUGACAGAUUAACAUUACCAAUAUGAAAGAAUCGGGUGAUCCUUAACUUCUUUUGAGUAGUAUAUUUACAGGCCACUGUCAUAUAGCUGGAAUAUUGCUGAGUUAGGCGUCAAACAACAAACAGAUAUCAACUAUACAAUCCUACAGGGCCAUCAGUCCAUGGUUAAUCUAGCCCUUGUUCUUGUCCCUACAACAACCAUGCAGUAAAGUUCAACAUUGAGUCUAUAUUAAUCUGACCAAUCUAUCAUAUUCUAUAUGGAAUUCAGUUAUAAAGUGCAGAUGUUUCCAGCACUUGUUCCCUCAAUUGCUUGCAUUCACGGAGCCUCAAACUGUAUUGAGUGAAGCAUGCUUAUGCUAAAGACUCUCACUCAUCACAAACUGUGACGCUUGCAAGUCCACUGCAAUUAAACGCAACCAACCAUCAGUACACUUGACUAUAUAUGUAAUCGCAUUUCCAGUGAUCUCGAUUACACCGGGCAUUGUCAUAUCAAAAUAUAGAGGUUACCAGAAGAAUGGUUUGGUAGAGACCAGUUUACGGGAGGUAGUAUGUCUGGAUCUGUUGACUGGGAAAGGGUCCAGAUUAUGUUUCAGGUAGGCAGUGCACAACAUAGAAUGCUGGAACUCCCACACUUAGUAGAUCAGAGAUGAUAGUGUCAGUCGGUCCCUACACAAAACCUGGCACUGAGCCUGUGGAUCUUUGGCUCAACCUAAAGGAAGCCAUCAAGUUUUACCCAAAUGCUGGAAGAUCUAAAGUGAUAUGUGACCUAAAAACGUGACAAUGGUAUUUCCUUUCAGCACAUGAUACCAGUGCUAUAGCUACAUCUUCGCACUGUGUGAAAAAAUGCUAAAAAUAUCCUACUCAACAAGUGAAUAAAAGAACCACAAUGACUAAAGAUGACUAUUUUGGUCCUUAGCAAAUGCUGAUUAGAAUAGCAUGAUAAUGUAAGCCUUGGGUUAAGCAGGCCUUGAACUGGGAUCUUGGUGGUGGCCUUUUAGAGCUGAUUAUCAUCAGAUCAAACAAACUGAUCAAGUCCGUCAGAUGUCAACAUACAGACUAAUCUAGGUACCGGCUUAAACAAACUGUGCACUUGUGAAAUUGCUGGAUAAUGUGUGUGAUUAUUAAUACGGUGGCAAAUAAUACCACUGCUGACACUAUCCUAGCUAUAUCCUAGUUAUAUCCCACCCAUUUACCAAUACAUCCUCUAUUUCAGGUUACUUUUUUUUUUAACUAUUGAUAGUCAAACCAUCUGUGUUUAAAUGCAUUAGCACAGCUGACAAUUACUGUAUUACCUGAUGGGGAUGCCCUGUGGUGUGUUGGCCUCCCUAAGUGUGUGUGUCUUAAGUAUUGUUGAUACUUUGUUCUGCUGUGUUGAGUAUCGUGCUACCUGCCGGCCACCCUGCUGUUCUGUGUAUGGCUGUGUUAUGUCUGUGGUGAUAUAUGAUUGUAUUCAACAUGUUUCUGUGAGCUAGCUGCACAAUGAUUGGUCAGUUCUGUGCUGGUACAUACCAUAUUUUCUGAAGAUGGAAUAAAAAAAUCCAUUUUCAUGCA